CAAAACAAACCCCACUCGGCUACUGCUUACCCACAAUUUGGCAGAACUAACGACGUGACGUCACAUGUAGCAAGCUUCACGCAACUAAUCCGAAAUGGCGACGGCAAUAUAUUUGGAACAUUAUCUAGACAGUAUCGAAAACCUGCCAUGUGAGCUGCAGAGGAACUUUACGCUGAUGCGAGACCUGGACAACAGGACUGAAGAAAAGAAGGUCGAGAUCAACAAGUUGGCCGAGGAGUACAUAGCCAAGGUGAAAAACUUGGCGUCAGAGCAGCGAGUGGAGCAUCUGCAGAAAAUCCAAAGCGCCUACAGCAAGUGCAAAGAGUUCAGCGACGACAAAGUGCAGCUGGCCAUGCAGACCUACGAGAUGGUGGACAAACACAUCCGGCGGCUGGACGCCGACCUGGCGCGCUUCGAGAACGAGCUGAAGGAGAAACUGGAAGUGAGCGGCUACGAAAGCACAGAUGGACGAGCGUUGAAAAAAGCAGAGUCCCGCGGCCUCCGAGAGAAACGUGGCUCGCGGGGGCGAGGAAGGAAAGGUUCGGAUGAGGAUUCUCCUAAAAAGAAAAAGAUGAAAAACAGCCCAGACUUGAGCGACGCCCUGCUGCCCAUGCAGCCGUCAGACGUGCUGGACAUGCCGGUGGACCCCAACGAGCCCACCUACUGUCUUUGCCACCAGGUGUCGUACGGGGAGAUGAUCGGCUGCGACAACCCCGACUGUCCCAUCGAGUGGUUUCACUUCGCCUGCGUCGACCUCGCCACCAAGCCCAAAGGAAAAUGGUUUUGUCCGCGAUGCACUCAAGACAAGAAGAAGAAAUAAGAAGAAAUACAUUUAUGAUAUUGCGGUAGUAAAAUAGUGGGAUUAUAUCCAGAAAUCUAUAUUUUCGCUCCUGUUUGUACAAGCUUGCUUCUAACGACUCAAUGUGGAUUUUGGGAGUGUCGCUACUACGGGUGUAACGGUACAGCAAAAAUCGUGGUUUGCCAACGACCUUGGCUUAAAGGUCACGUUUCGGUUCACAUUGAUUACGGUAAGGGAACAAAAUACACCGUCUGAAAGUGCUUUUCUUUUGGGUCAGCAGGGAACAUUUUUAAUGGCUGAAAAUCAAACGUAAAAA